GUAUGGACUCGGAGGACGACCCCUUGCUGCAGGAUCUAUGGCUCGAGGAGGAGCCGGAAGAGGAGGAAGCCACGGGCGAGGCCUUUCGCAAGGCGCAGAAGCCAAGGCCCCGAGCCGGGGCGGGGGGGCAGUGCUGCUGGCGCCGCUGGACGCUGCCUUCCCGGCCCGUGGCCUCGGGUUUCUGGAGCACCCUGGGCUGGGCCUUCACCAACCCGUGCUGCGCCGGGCUGGUCCUCUUCCUGGGCUGCAGCAUCCCCAUGGCCCUGUCCGCCUUCAUGUUCUUCUCCUACCCGCCGCUGGACAUCGACAUCUCCUACAACGCCUUCGAGAUCCGCGACCACGAGGCCUCGCAGCGCUUCGACGCUCUGGCGCUGGCGCUCAAGUCCCAGUUUGGCUCCUGGGGGCGCAACCGGCGCGACCUGGCCGACUUCACGUCCGAGACGCUGCAGCGGCUCAUCUCCGAGCAGCUGCAGCAGCUGCACCUGGGCAACCGCACGCGGCCCGCUGCAGCGGCCCGGGCUCCGCGGGCUCCGCGGGCUCCGCGAGCCGCUCCGGAGGCCCCGCCCCAGAACGCAGCAGCCAAUCGCAAUCGGCGCCUACCGCGUGAGGCUCCGCCCCCGGCAGAGCCCGCAGCCAACCGGAGCGACGCCCCCGGGACCCGCCCCCCAGCCCCGAAGGGGCGGCGCCAAGCCGGCACCCCGCCCCCCUCCGUGGCCGCAGCCAAUCAGAGCCGCGCGCGCCGCGGGGCCUCGCACUGGGACUACUCGCGCGCCUCGGUGAGCGCCAACACCCAGACGCACGCGCACUGGCGCAUCGAGCUCAUCUUCCUGGCGCGCGGCGACGCGGAGCGCAACAUCUUCACGAGCGAGCGGCUGGUCACCAUCCACGAGAUCGAGCGCAAGAUCAUGGACCACCCGGGCUUCCGCGAGUUCUGCUGGAAGCCCCACGAGGUGCUCAAGGACCUGCCGCUGGGCUCCUACUCCUACUGCUCCCCGCCCAGCUCGCUCAUGACCUACUUCUUCCCCACCGAGCGGGGCGGCAAGAUCUACUACGAUGGCAUGGGCCAGGACCUGGCGGACAUCCGGGGUUCCCUGGAGCUGGCCAUGACUCACCCCGAGUUCUACUGGUACGUGGACGAGGGCCUCUCCGCAGACAACCUGAAGAGCUCCCUCCUGCGCAGCGAGAUCCUGUUCGGGGCGCCGCUGCCCAACUACUACUCGGUGGAUGACCGCUGGGAGGAGCAGCGGGCCAAGUUCCAGAGCUUCGUGGUCACCUACGUGGCCAUGCUGGCCAAGCAGUCCACUAGCAAGGUGCAGGUCUUGUACGGGGGCACGGACCUCUUUGACUAUGAAGUGCGCAGGACCUUCAACAACGACAUGCUCCUGGCCGUCAUCAGCAGCAGCUGCAUCGCCGCCCUGGUCUACGUCCUCACCUCCUGCUCAGUGUUCCUGUCCUUCUUCGGCAUUGCCAGCAUCGGCCUCAGCUGCCUGGUGGCGCUCUUCCUGUACCACGUGGUCUUCGGGGUCCGGUACCUGGGCAUCCUCAACGGGGUGGCGGCCUUCGUGAUCGUGGGCAUUGGCGUGGACGAUGUCUUUGUCUUCAUCAACACCUACCGCCAGGCCGCCCACCUGGAGGACCCGCAGCUACGCAUGACCCACACCAUCCAGACAGCCGGCAAGGCCACCUUCUUCACCUCGCUGACCACGGCCGCCGCCUACGCCGCCAACGUCUUCUCCCAGAUCCCAGCCGUACACGACUUCGGCCUCUUCAUGUCCCUCAUCGUGUCCUGCUGCUGGCUGGCCGUGCUCUUCACCAUGCCCGCUGCCCUGGGCAUCUGGAGCCUCUACUUGGCGCCGCUGGAGAGCACCUGCCAGACCAGCUGCCAGCAGAGGUGUGGCCACAAGAGCCCGCCGCACUUCCCCGGGGACGUGUUCAUGGCGCCCGCGCGCCUUGGGGGCUGCCCGGACCCCGGCCCGCUGCCCUACCUGGAUGACGACAUCCCGCUGCUGGAUGUGGACGAUGAGCCAGUGUCCCUGGAGCUGGGUGACGGGUCACUGGUAUCGGUGCCCCCCGAGGUGCGGCAGCCCGCCCCCGACAGGGCCAGCGCGGGGCAGCUCAUCACUCAGUUGCAGGAACUUCUCCACCACUGGGUGCUGUGGUCAGCAGUCAAGAGCCGCUGGGUGAUUGUGGGCCUCUUCGUCACCGUCCUGGUCCUGUCCCUGGUGUUCGCCAGUCGGCUCCGCCCCGCCAGCCGCGCCCCACUGCUCUUCCGGCCUGACACCAACAUCCAGGUGCUGCUGGACCUGAAGUACAACCUGAGUGCCGAGGGCGUCUCUUGCACCACCUGCUCCGGUCUUUUCCAGGAGAAACCCCACAGUCUGCAAAGCAACAUCCGCACCUCCCUGGAGAAGAGGAGGCGGGGGUCGGGGCUGCCCUGGGCCAGCCGGCCAGAGCCCACCCUGCAGGACGCUCCCGGCACCGUGUACGUGUCCCAGGUGAAGGCGGCGGGCCGCCCGGCCAUCUAUAGGCUGUCACUCAACGCCAGCCGCCCCGCCCCCUGGCAGGUGGUGGCCCCCGGGGCCGGGGACGUGCCUUCCUUCCAGGUGUAUAGAGCGCCUUUUGGUGACUUCACCAGGAAGCUGACCGCUUGUAUGUCUACAGGAGGGCUCCUCCCGGCGGCCAGCCCCGCCCGCAAGUGGAUGCUGACCACCUUGGCCUGCGACGCCAAGCGGGGCUGGAAGUUCGACUUCAGCUUCUACGCAGCCGCCAAGGAGCAGAAGCACAGCCGGAAGCUCUACUUCGCGCAGUCGCACAAGCCGCCCUUCCACGGGCGCGUGUGUGUGGCGCCUCCGGGCUGCCUGCUCAGCUCCAGCCCCGACGGGCCCACCAAAGGCUUCUUCUACGUGCCCAGUGAGAAAGCAGUGCCCAGGACCCGCCUCUCACCCACUUUCGGCUUCAACCCCUGCGUGAACACGGGCUGCGGGAAGCCGGCUGUGCGGCCGCUGGUGGACACGGGGGCCAUGGUCUUUGUGGUCUUCGGAAUCAUUGGCAUCAACCGCACGCGGCAGGCGGACAACCACGUCCUGGGGGACCAGGGCAGCGUGGUCUACGACAGCAGCUUUGACCUCUUCAAGGAGAUCGGGCACCUGUGCCGCCUGUGUAAGGCCAUUGCCGGCAACGAAGAGCUGGUGAAGCCGGGCGGGGCCCAGUGCCUGCCCUCAGGCUACAGCAUCUCCUCCUUCCUGCAGAUGUUGCACCCCGAGUGCAAGGAGCUGCCCGAGCCCAACCUGCUCCCUGGGCAGCUGUCGCACGGGGCAGUGGGUGUCAAGGAGGGCCGCGUGCAGUGGAUCUCCAUGGCCUUUGAGUCGACCACAUACAAGGGCAAGUCCUCCUUCCAGACAUACGCAGACUACCUGCGCUGGGAGCAUUUCCUCCAGGGCCAGCUGCGGGCCUUCCCUGAGGGGUCUGCCCUGCGCCGCGGCUUCCAGACCUGCGAGCACUGGAAACAGAUCUUCAUGGAGAUUAUAGGGGUGCAGAGUGCGCUGUAUGGCCUGGCCCUGUCCCUGCUCAUCUGCGUAGCCGCGGUAGCCGUCUUCACCACGCACUUGCUGCUCCUGCUGCCCGUGCUGCUGAGCAUCCUGGGCAUCGUCUGCCUGGUGGUGACCAUCAUGUACUGGUGUGGCUGGGAGCUGGGCGCUGUGGAGGCCAUAUCCCUGUCCAUCCUCGUUGGCUCCUCCGUGGACUACUGCGUCCACCUGGUCGAGGGCUACCUGCUGGCCGGCGAGAACCUGCCCCUGCACCAGGCCGAGGACGCCCACUCGCAGCGCCAGUGGCGGACGCUGGAGGCCGUCCGGCAUGUGGGCGUGGCCAUCGUGUCCAGCGCCCUCACCACGGUCAUCGCCACGGUGCCCCUCUUCUUCUGCAUCAUCGCCCCGUUCGCCAAGUUCGGCAAGAUCGUGGCGCUCAACACGGCCGUCUCCAUCGUGUACACGCUGACGGUCAGCACGGCCCUGCUGGGCAUCAUGGCCCCCGGCUCCUUCACGCGGACCAGGACUUCCUUCCUCAAGGCCCUGGCGGCCGUGCUGCUGGCGGGGGCCGUGGGGCUGGGCGCCUGCCUGCUGCUGCUGCACCGUGGCUACAAGAUCCCGCUGCCUACCGGGGCUGCCCUAUAGCCCCCGCCUGACUGCGCACU